AUGGACAAAGACCCAUAUUCUGGUUUUCUCGUGGGUGCUACCCGCCCUAAUAAGGCCGCCGGUUGCAUACGCCACCAGCUGAGGACGAGUAUCACGGGCGUCUCCUUGAAACAAGCCCUGGGGAUAAACAAAGAGCAGACUCGAAGCAAGCGCCAACGCCGGCUGUGGCUUGCCGCCGUCCGGGCCGACCAUUGGGUCCCGGUGGAAACACCAUCGAACGGCGCCUCGGAAAGGCGGGUGUCGGAUAGCCGACAGGGCGUGCGGAGUUCAUUGGGUGAACCCCCACAUGCCGUGGGACAGAUGACAAAUGCGACAGCUUGUGUCGAUGAUGUGAUGCUGAACUGGAGCUCUUGGACUUGCAACCUCCCAUGUCGUUCUCUCUGCUUCGACGUGCAGCGCCCCGACUCUCUUCCCUACGCAAUCACAUAA